AGGACAAAGAGAGAAAUCUGAGCUCUUGAAAGAGGAAAUUCACCAAUCAGGAAGCUUUACGACUGAGCGGACAUCCGAAAACCAGAGAAGUAGCUCCUAACCCAAACCAACAGCUGCUCCGAUUCUGCUCCACACAGCCUCAAUGAGCGCGAACGGUUAACGCAUGGAUUGUAACAUGGAUGGAUAUUUAGAUCAGCAAGUGCCUUACACUUUAGCUAAUAGGUCGCAAGGAAAUGGGCCCCUAAAUAGACUGUUGGUGGCAGCAAAAAGGAAAUACAUGGACACCGAAUUACCCCCUCAGGAAUCUGAAGAUCUCUUUCAAGAUUUAAGUCAGCUUCAGGAGACAUGGCUCACAGAAGCUCAAGUACCUGACAGUGAUGAGCAGUUUGUUCCUGACUUCAUCUCAGAAAACUCAGUGGCAUUCCACAGCCCGCCAGUGAAGAUUAAGAAGGAGCCCCAGAGCCCGGGCUCGGACCCCAGCCAGUCCUGCAGUCACAAGCAGAGUUUCAGCUAUCCCAGUGGAGAGCAGUGCCUUUACGCCAGUGCCUAUGAACAGAAGAGAACAGCAGCGACAUCAGCAGCAGGACAUAAGAACUCCUGCCCCGGGACUCCAAUGUCCCCCAUGCAGCAUUACUCCCCAAAACCACUGGUGGGCACUCAUCCAGAAACGGGGUACAUGAACUCUCCUUCUGCCAGUCAGUCACACCCCAGUCAUGGCCAGACUUACCCCAUGAAUCCCAGCUCCAGGUUCCCAACAGGCUCAGGAGAGAUGUGUGCCCCGUUUGGACCUCCAGGUCAAACUCUGCAGCGUAUGCCCUCUACCCCUGCAGGAGGCGCAGGCACUGGGGGUAGCAGCGGGUACCACCGACAGCACUCAGACCCCUGCAUGCCCUACCUCCAGCAGAGCUUCAAGCAGGAAUUCUUGGACCCGUUGUAUGAGCGAGCAGCCCACAUGGGCACAGUGGCCCCUCAGAGGUUCCCUCCAGCCCACAUGAUGGUCAAGCAAGAACCCACUGACUACACUUAUGAGCCUGAUGUGCCUGGAUGCACUUCCAUGUACCACCACAACGAAGGCUACUCCAAUACCCAGCACAACAAUGAAGGCUACAUGUUUGAAAAUGACGCCCGCGUUGUUCCAGAGAAAUUUGAAGGUGAGGUGAAACAGGAGGGCAGCAGUGUGUUCCGUGAUGGUGCCCCCUAUCAGCGACGUGGCUCCCUGCAGCUCUGGCAGUUUCUGGUAGCUCUCUUGGAUGAUCCUGGCAAUGCACACUUUAUUGCCUGGACCGGUCGUGGCAUGGAGUUCAAACUCAUUGAGCCAGAAGAGGUCGCCAGGCUCUGGGGGAUGCAGAAGAACCGUCCAGCCAUGAAUUAUGACAAACUGAGCCGCUCCCUGCGCUACUACUAUGAGAAAGGAAUUAUGCAAAAGGUGGCGGGUGAGCGCUACGUUUACAAAUUCGUGUGUGAGCCAGAGGCUCUGAUCUCCCUGGCAUUCCCUGACAAUCAGCGGCCUAGCGUGAAGGCCGAGUUUGAGCGUUACGUCAAUGAGGAAGACACGGUGCCACUGUCUCACUUGGACGAAGGAGUGUCUUACCCCUCCGAACCCGCUGCCACCAACUUGGGCCCUCAGCCCUACUCCAAAGGCUACAUGUACUAAUGCCACCUACAGCCCCGAUAUUCCCCUCAUGCACCUAUUGCACAUGUCAACCCCAUCCACUUGUAUAUAUAAGGCUAUGGUGUUUUUUCUUGAUUUGUUUAAAUUAAUAUCAUUAGGGACAUCCUUUCAGCUCUGCAGCAUAUUCGAUACAAACACGUGCCUGUGGUUCAGCAAAGUGCUUAAUAAAAAGACCCAGAUAUUAUUCCUACAAUACCCUGAGACCAGACUGUUUUCCCAAUUUGGUAUUGAACAUUAGCUUAAUGACAUGGGUGUUCAGGAUACAAAGGUGAGGAGAUUAUGUAUGAUUUUAGUUAUGCAACCUGCUGGAAAAAAAAACAGUGAUCAAUUAGUCACAAAGGGCUCUUUUAUGAACAAACAUGAUAUGUAAACAAGCCAUAUUGCAAAUCCUCUAAUAUAUCAGCACACAAAAAAUGCGAGCAGCAUUGACUCUUCACUAAAUACGUCACUUUCAAGCAAAUAUUUCCCAGUGUUCUUGAAGUCUUCUUUGAUAUAGACAACUAAACCCAGAACUGCCUUCCAGGAUGUAAAUAUUCCUGUCACAUGACUACUCAUUCAGCAAAGAGCCAGGUGACCUUUGACUCGUGAUAUGAAUGAUGUGCUGGACCUGGAGUCCUGGAGGGCAUUUCUUUAAGCAGUAACAUUAUAAUCCAAAUAACCUGAAUAAAACUAUAAAUAAAUACUACAAUUAUGUUUAUCAAUCAUACUCCAGUGUUUCUUUUUUUUUUAAAAAUAUUUUUUAUAUUCAUAAGAUUAUAUAUAUAUACACAUUAUAUAUAUAUAUAUAUAUAUAUAUAUUCAUGUUAAGAUCACCUGAUCUGUUUCUUAUAUUGAAAAAGUCUUUGCUUUACUGGGAUUUCUUAGUUAAUUGAUUAUUUAAUUUUUUUUAAGUGGGGUGGCUCAUAUGUGUUCAUAUUACAUCUAUGUUUUCAAUGUUUGGACUUGUGGUUUUUCUUGGACUAAGACAAAGAAAAGGAAACGAUACAAAUCUGGCCUUUCUGACUGCAGUUUAUUACACAGCAUGAAGGACCCAAAAUGAUAAAAAUACAAUUAAGGAUUAUUAGAAAAAAAAAAAAAAAGCUGAUACACAUUUCUAAUUAUUUCCUGCCAUGAAACAUUAUAUUACAACAGAGAUGUAGCUGGGACUAUAAUCCUGUAAUGAGUCAUAGUCAAUAAUGGUUAACAAAUAACCUUUAAUAUUAAAACAAGGGUGGUUUAUGGCAAAAACAAAUGAACUUUAAGGACUGAUGGUCUGCUAAAAAUAAUCAUUUUGUUUCAAUGCAUAUUAGCUGCAGAGCCAAUUAUACUUUCUGUACAUCAUUUUACAAUACUAAUGAAUCAAGCCCAGAGGUCAGAAACAAAAGAUAUUACAUAAAAAAAAAAACAA